ACACGCACACACUCUCGCACGGUCGCGAGUGGAGGAAACAUAUCUUCCUGAGAUCACCUCACAACAAAACCGAGAUCGGGUUCAAUCCCGUGCCAGAAUUAGGUGAAAAGCACGGCCACAGGUGUGAUGGUGACAAAGCAGUGUGUGUAAUCCUGUCCAGCUGAAGACAGCGCUCCCAGAGCAAACAGCAAACGGGGCUGGUCGCUGGUCGUCGUGCAUUUCGUACAACCUGUACACCGUUGGGGUGUGCGGCGGUGGUUGUUGGGUUGGGUGGUGACCGACGCGUGAAAGAAGAAAGUCGUGAAGUGAUAUUCCGAGGGUGAGAUAUGUGAGAAAGAAGAUCAAGAUCGGUGUUGGUGGAGAAAAAACAAGCAAACGUGGUCAGUGCAAAAUCUAAACCAAGGUGAGAGGUAACGUGUGAUAGAAGAACAUGUACAAACAUCCGCAAUAAAAGACGCCCCGUGUCGUGUGGCAACCGAAUCGGGAUGCCGUACCACCGGACUCCUUCCUUGUGAGAGAGAGUGCUGCAAUUGAAACAAAACGCGGGGACCUUACCCUACCACAUAAGGCGACGCAAAGGCAAAGGGAGCAAAACGGGAGCAAACAAACAUGCACGACCUAUUUACAACCGUCCUGUCCAAGCGGGAUCUGUCCCGGGCCGGUGAACUGUUUUCCAUCGCCGACUACGAGAUUGUGAACGAUCUGACCGACGUGCUGGAAGAGAUCUCAUCCAUCAUCUCUCACGAGGACUAUCUGCACAACAGCAACGACCAGUCGGUAAUCGAAAUCUGCAUCAACCGGGUAACGUCCUGCAUCAAGAAGACGCACACGAUCGAAAAGCACUGUGCCGGGCUGGUCAGCCUGCUGGAGACAUGCCUUCGCUAUAAUCUGCAACCGACGGGGAAGGAUGUGGAUCCGCCACACGCGAAAAUAUCGUCCGACAUCAUUUCCAGCAUCUUCCUGAACUACAACAAGCAGGUCGUGAUGGAGGUUACCUUACCGGUGGCGGUCAAGUUUCUCAACCAGGGAAACCUGGAGCUGUCCCGUAACCUCGCCAGCUACCUCUCAUCGGCCGCCAUCGAGUACUCGUACCUUCUGUCGCCACACGUGCACGUCAUCCUGGAAUCGCUGCUCGGUGGCAACUACGGCCUGUGCCACGUGCUGUCCCAAAUCUACGAAGCAACACCCGACCCCAUCAACGAUGCUGGGCCAAAGUUUGUGGAAAUCGUGCCACGGUGCGAGCUGCAGGAGCAACUGGUCAUUCUGCAGCUGCUCGUCACGAUCGCCAAACUGAAACCUUCCUGUCUGACUGAAAGCAUUCCCUGUCUGCUAGAGCUGGCCACGACUCGUCCUCCGUUAUCGGCAGCAGCACUACUGGUGCUGCUCAAGCUAGCCGAAUCGAAACCGAUUAAACUGGCCGAAUAUACGGAAGCGUUCAAGCUGAUCGCUCACACCGUUCCGCAGACGGUGGGUUUCGCAGCACAAAUCCUCUCCGCGAUCGGACGGUGCGGGAAGGACCGCGCGCAGGUGGCGCUGGACUUUGUGCUGGAGCAUUUGCCGCGUGCCGAUCGGCCGCUGCAGACAAUUCUGCUCAACGAGGCUACGAAGCUGUGCACGAAGUAUCCGGUUCUGUUUACCGACAAGGUUACCUCGGUCGUACGGCAGCGGCAGCUAAGCAACAACAGUCAGAUCAAGCAGACUGCGUCCGGGGGUGUGACGAUCGUGAAUCUAAACUCGUCCGCUACGCUUCCCACGCCUGCAGCUCUCGGGACAACGGCGAGUCCCGCGUACGCUAGCAGUGUUCACGGAAACGGAGGCUCCGCUAAUGGGCCAACCGCUACGGGGGCUGCCACGCUGGGUAACAGCUCCGUUGGCUACAACCAGCAGCAUACACUCGACCAUGGACGGCCUAUAGUGUCGAAAACACCGAACGUGGCCAUUAUAAGCAACGGACAUACGCACGCAGCAGGCGGCACGAUGAUGUCGACCACCGUCAUCAACACCUCGAACGGAACGACACUCAGCUCGACCAUUCAUCCGGCACUGCUUACCAACUUCAUGAACGCGGCAAACGGUGUGCCCAGCAGUGGUGGUGGUACGUCCACGUCAACUAGCGCCACCACAGGGACAGUAGUCAAUGGAUCUUCUGUCGUCUCUCCAACGCCACAUCACACGGGCUACACCCGCAAUCGUCCGAAGCUCGGGGAUUCGCGCAGUACCGGCCGGCUUCAUUCUGGUGGUGGUGGUGGCAACAAGAGUACGACUCGUCUUAACAACGCCGGCGGGUCGAUGGGCGGACUGCACAAAUCGCGGCUCGGUUCGUCGCAACUCAUCAAUCAAUUCAACGGUGACAUCGGAACUGGCGUAUCGAUUGAUCCGGAAAAACCGACAGCCGUUGGUGGUGGUGGCGCUAACGGCGGCCCGUCGACGGUGGACGGUGGUUCCACUGCGCACAACAUUAUCAUGCACAGCAACAGCCACCAUUCGAGUGGCAAUGUCGCUAUCAAGGGAAUGAUGGCCAGCAGUGGAAGUGGAGGCGGUUUGCUGGGGAACUCGAUUCCUCCCCCGCUUAGCCAGCACGUGACGAUCACGGGCGAGAACAAGUGGGGCAUACCGCAGACGAAGAUAACAUCGUGUGGCGUCACCGUGACGACGUCUCCGACCCGUGCUCCCCGGCCAUAUUCGCACGGUCCGAGCAAUACGCUCAUGGGCUCAACCGGCGCACUCGGUGGGAAGAGUUCGCUCGGCGGGCUGAACCAAUCCACCGGAUCGAUCGGCAUCCAGGUGCACCAUGCGUCCCCAGCGUCGCCGACCAUGUUCAACAACCAUUCGCAGCAAACGUCGCCGCAGCUGACCACCACGCUGUCGCUUCAUUCGAGCGACGAUCCAAGCAAUCAGGUUAUUGUAUCUGGUCCCGCAACCGUAACAACCCGGCCCCGCAACAAUGAUAACCGCAGCGUAACGAUCCUCAAUGCUUCCUCCACCACGACACGCAUGAGCGUGUUCGAGCCGUACCCGAUGCGGGACACCAUUCAACACUUCUGCGAGAAACAUCUGGACAAGAUCAAAUCGUACACGGAGGCGGUAGCGCACCGUAUUCCACCGCCGGCCAAAUGCAUCAUCGAGGAGCGGCGGGCGAAAAAGAUGGCCAAGCUGCACUUCGCCUGCCAGGUGCGCGGUCCCCACUGUCUCUACUCGCGCACCAUGUUUACGAUGCGUACGCGCAACCCGCGCACCUGGAUCCAUCUGAUGUUUCUCGAUCUGCAGGCACGGGCCGGCAAGAACGCGCUCAGCAGCUGGGAUCCGAGCGUAAGCCGCCUCAAACACUGCUGGGACACGCUCAAGUGUGAAAAUCGAACGUUCAUCACGCUAGUGACCAGCGCGUUCCCGAACGGCAAGGAGCAGGAAGCGCUCGUGAACGAACUGCGCCACGCCGGUUUCUUUGACGUGUUCGAAAUGGGCCCGGUGACACUCGGGCCGGGCAGUUCCCCGGCAGGCACAACCACCGGCGAAAGCCAGCCGGUUGGUGGUGCGUCCGGCACCACUUCCGGCGUAGGUUCUACGUCCGGCGGUGAUGCGAGUGCCGCGUCCAACGGUGGCAGCUCGGAAGAUCUGGAAGUGUUCCAGUGGGGUUGCUUCCUUUGUCACCAUCCGGAGAAGGCGAUCGGGUUUCUGCACGGCAACAACCAGCCGGUGAUCGAAGGCCAGCUGAAGGAGAAGAAGGGCAAAUGGCGACUGUUCCGGCGAUGGCGUACGCGGUACUUUACUCUGUCCGGUGCGCACCUAUCGUGCAAGGGAUCGGUCAGUGAGGCCGGUGGUGAAAGCAUCGACGUGAACCAGAUCCGGUCGGUGAAGGUGUCCCGGGGCGCACGCAACAUCCCGAAGGCGUUCGAAAUCUUUACCGGCGAUCAGACGCUCAUCCUCAAGCCGAAGGACGGUAACAAGGCGGAAGAAUGGGUGCAGUGCUUGAGCAUCGUGCUGGCGCACUCACAGGCACGAGACAGUCCAACGACACGCACCAACAGCCUUCCGGCGCGCAGUAUUGGAAACAGUCGGACAGUUUUCUGAAUGCCAACGCGACCCCAAUUCCUGACCAUUAAGCAUUAAGCAAACGUGUGACGAACGAAAAGACAGAGAGGUUCUUAAGACGAUCCAAAUGGCCAAUAUCGGUGGGAGUAACGAAAAUCGAAUUUAAAUCGGUAGGAGUAGGUUAGCAAAAGACUUGACCGCAAAAGGAACGAAGAUACUUCCAAGUGCAUUUUAUCAGUGGAUAAUACAUAAGUACGCUGCAACCAGAAGGAUGCAGGCAAGAUUUCAUAUCGCACUCCCCAUACAAAAGCCAACGCAUUAGCAACGCGGAGCAAACAAUCAAACCCUAUGGCUGUCAUCUUUACGAUACACAUAUAUGAUCCUAUCUUAAUAUAUAUAUCAUGUGUCUUUUUUUUGCUUACUUUUGUACCAGGUGUAAAAUGAUGCGAGUGAGAUAAUUGUACUUAAGUAGGUACAUAGAGUUGAGGCGAAAGUAGAAACCGAUACGUCCGGAAGUGAAACGAUUUAGUGAGAGAGAGCGAGAGAGAGUGAGAGACAGACAUACAGAGAGCUUACAUACAUAUGAUAUACAUUAUUUUGGUAAAUAAGUUAACGGAAGCCACGUGUUCAGCUCAAUUAAAGAGAUUUUUCCUUGCUUUUACAUUCUACGAACGUGUGACGUUGUCGUUUUGUGACUUGUUUCGUUUAGUCGUGGGCCAGUUGCCAGUGGGCAGAAGUGAAUAAAAAACACACACACCACACCACCACCAGCUGGCCACAUUUUUUAUACUAUUGAAAAGUACUUUGAAAACAUAGUUUUUACAAAUAUACAUACACACGCACACACGUGUUUCAAAACGUUAACUUCCUUCCUGUGUGUUUGAGAUUGUGGUUUUCUUACUGACGCUUCGAUGACCGGUGGCGGAACCAAACAUGAGGUGGCCAGGGAUACCGAGGGCACCCCUUAACUACAAGUUCACUCCAGGCCGAUGACAAUAGGAUGUACAGCGUUUCUUUCACACAAUAAACAACAGAAGCACAAACGCCAAAGGUUGGGUGUUAAAUUUACUGUUCCGUUUCAUGGUUCUUUAUUCUCGCUUUCUUACUUUUUGUGCUGCUUUCCUUGUGAUUAGCCCCCCCCCCAGAACGGGAUGUGCCGAAAACGAAACGAAGAGCAAACGAAAAGUGUACGUAGCAAGAAAGCAAUAAACCACCUACCUAAAAGCAUGUAAAACCGC